AUGUUUGGUCUCAAUUUUCGUCGAAAUUUAGAUUCAACGUUCGGUAAAAUUUUACCAACAAAGCCCUUUAAUUUGUGCGGUUUAAGAUUUAUACGAGAACCUUUACAACCCUUAAAAAGAUGUCCAAAAUGGGUUUGUGUAGAGGAUGCGGUAAAAAUUAUAAAUUCAGAGCAUUUAGUUUUUAUACAAGGAGGUGCGGCAACACCUAAUGAAUUAAUACGUGCCAUGACUGAACACGGCGUUUGCAAUAAUCUACGUGGGGUACGAUUAAUUCAUAUGGGUCUUGAAGGAGAUGCGCCAUUUGCAAAUCCUGAAUUUGAGAAACAUUUCAGGUCUAUAAGUUUUUAUAUCAGUGCCAAUCUUAGAGAUGCUGUUAACGAAGGAAGAGCAGAUCACAUUCCAAUAUUUCUCCAUGAAGUGCCAAAAUUAUUUUACGAGAAGAGAAUCGUUCCAGAUAUCGCGUUAAUUCACGUCAGUGUACCGGAUGCUCGUGGUUUCUGUUCUUUAGGUGUAAGCGUAGACUGUACACGUGCUGCGCUUAGUGCAGCCAAAGUUAUAGUCGCCCAAGUUAAUGAACAUAUGCCACGAUCAUUCGGGGAUACUGUUAUUCACUCUAGCCAUAUCGACUGGGCAGUCAAGUACGACUGUCCUUUACCAUGCGUGGCUAGUACUCCACCAAAUGAAAUUGAACAAGAAAUUGGCAAGCUCAUAGCACAAAGACUAGUGGAUGAUGGAGCAACCUUACAGCUUGGCAUUGGCAAUAUACCUGAUGCUAUUCUCUGUUCUCUUGGCAAUCAUAAAGAUUUAGGAGUUCACACAGAGAUACUUGGCGACAUAAUGGUAGAUCUUGCAGAACGAGGAAAUAUCUCAAAUAAACAAAAAAUAAAGCAUAGGGGACGUAUGGUCAGUUCGUUAGCAAUUGGUACCAAAAGAGUAUAUGACUUUUUACAUAAUAAUCCGUUUGUAGAAAUGCUUGCGAUUAAUUACGUAAAUGAUCCUCGAGUAAUAUCACAGCAACCAAAAAUGACAGCCAUUAAUUCUUGCAUAGAAAUGGAUAUCACCGGUCAAAUAUGUUCAGACAGUUUAGGCUGUAAGAUGUAUUCUGGUUUUGGUGGUCAACUUGACUUUACUCGAGGUGCAGCAAUGAGCCAAGAUGGCCGAGGCAAAGCUAUAAUCGCCUUUCCUUCGGUAACAAGUAAAGGAGAAAGUAAAAUUCAACCUGUACUAAAACUUGGUGGUGGUGUUGUGGUAACAAGAGCCCAUGCGCAUUAUAUAGUUACAGAGCAUGGAAUAGCACAAAUUUUUGGUAAAACGUUACGUCAAAGAGCAAAUGCAUUGAUUAAAAUUGCCCACCCUGAUCACAGAGAAUGUCUUGAGAAAGCAGCAUAUGAAAGACUUAAAUCUAAUCCAACAAAAUACUUAUAA